GAAGAGAUCUGACUGCUACGGGGUCUGCAAGGGUUUAUGCGAAUAAUGGAUCUGAAAGAGAUGUGGGGCACUAUAAGAUUUCGCACUUUGGCAAGCUACACGGCGCUGUCUCGUACCCCGCAGUGGGCAGUCCAGAAGACAAGGUGCGCCUGGCCUACGUAAUCAUGAUACACGAUGCCAUGACCCUCCUGGGCAUGCAAGAAACACUGGACAUUGUGUAUGAAACUAAGCAUCUCUUUGUGGUCCAUGUAGAUGCUGACACCCCCCGAAACUUUGUGGACUUUGUAACACAAUAUUAUGAGGAUGUCAGCAACAUACAUGUACUGUCGAAUGUAUCCGUGCAGUGGGGCGCGUCAUCCAUCAUGACCGCCGAGCGCUUGUUGUACAAGUAUGCUGUCGAUAUUGGAGGCUGGGACUUGUGUAUAACGCUAUGUGGCAACGCAUUCCCCGUCAAAUCUCCGCUACAGAUCGCUCGCUUGGUAGCCCAGAACAAGGGAUUAACGUUCUCAGAUGCUCGGAGAGUGGACCCGUUUGAUCGUGAACAAAAUAGAUGGGAGGGCUACGAGUGCCUCGACAAGCGUUGCCGAAAGGUGCACGGCUCUCCCGACGACCUACCGCUGUUCAAAGGGAGUCAAUGGAUGGCGCUGUCAUUGGACUUUACACGGUAUCUAGUCGACUACAGCGUAUCGGACUGGUACAACCACAGUGUCGAAUGUUGCAUCGACGAGUACUACAAGCAGGUGCUGGUUUGUCCAUACGAUCUUGUACAACUCGUACUUCAAGCACAAAACACGACCCUUCGAGCUGAUGUUUGUCGAUUGGGGAUGGCCCCCGAGCGCUCAUCCGAAUUUGCUCACAGCCAGCGACCAACUGUCUCGAAUGUCUGACACAUUUCUGUUCGCGCGGAAGGUCAUACCGGGCGGACCGUUGAGGCGUUGGAUUAUGGAGACUCGCCUACAGAGGUGAAAGAGUCUGAACGAUGUGAUAUAAAGUACUUCUGUGAUGGACUACGAUUGUACUUGUCUACAGAGGUGACAGUCAGAAGGACGUGAUAUAAAGUACUUUUGUGAUGGACUACGAUUACACCUGUCUACAGAGGUGACAGAGUUAGAAGGACGUGAUAUAAAGUAUCUGAUGAUGAACCCAAGAUUGUACUCGCUUACUCAGGUGAACAAUAACAUCAUGCAGAUGCUAAAUGUCAAACAGAUGCUAUAGGAGUAUUAUGCUGAAUGAUGGGCUGAUUAAUUCGUAUGGAUGAUAAAAAUGGCAAUCCAGUAUACCUCCACGUAGAUGCCUCAGCACUAGGGCAUGCUACUUGAUACGUAGCCAAGUUUAGCUCACUCACUCCACAAUGUGCCUUCCGGAGCAGAAUAACAC